AUGUGCUCUGCAAGAGAUUGCAGCACGGUGGCAGGCCCCACCAAUGGCAUUGUGUUUCUGACUGGCUACACUGUUGGCGCAACGGCUUCAUUCAUAUGUUCUCAUGGUUACACACUGAUCGGCUUUUCCUCUGCCACUUGUAAUCAUGGAGGAGUCUGGUCCUCCCCCACACCCAACUGUGAUCGAGUGAUGUGCCCCAACGUCAAUGCGCCUGAAAAUGGAGCAGUCUCCACUGGUGAUACGGAGGUAUUUACCGUGCGAAGAUUCACAUGUGACACCGGGUUCAAUCUUGUAGGUAAUCCAGCAACAGUGUGUAUGGAAACUGGCACUUGGUCCGAUGGCACGCCUCAUUGUAUUGAGAAAACAACAACCUGCCCGUAUUUGCUGGCACCAGCCAAUGGAUUCAUAGAUAAUGGAAGCCUAGAUGUUGGGUCCUCCCGCGAAUAUUCUUGUUCUGACGGAUACAUGACAACUGAUUCAACGCACACAGCCUGCUUGAAAAAUGGACGUUGGUCUCAGUCCGUUCCAUGCUGCUUCACUAAACAUAGUACUGGUGAACAAGCAGCGUCAGCUUCAUCAUCCUCAAAUAUCAUUGCCGGUGUCAUUGGCUUCUGUAUUGGUUUGCUAACACCCAGUGCUUUGAUUGUAAGUUACAUUGCGCGUUCCCGACGCAGGAGUCGGCGUAUCACCGUCACUGACAACACCGUCCAGCAAUCUGCUCUAUUUACUAACACGUUGACCAGGAGUGAUGUGUACCAGAUGGACGUGACCACGAUCGAACCAAACCUGGAGCCACAGUAUGCGUCUUUGGGGCAGAUUUGAGCCACCAUCAUUUGCUUCUCUCACUUCCACUGAUUUAAACGACGUACACCUCUUCUUUGUUUUCUAUCAUUUUAUAUUUUUGGCAGCGGUUAUGGUAACUCCCACAUGCAAAACUAAGCCCGGAGGGAAAGUAGUGAAGGCAAGGAUGGAACAUAUCUCACAUUUCUCGCAAGAUCUUUUAAUGAUCAAUUAAAUUUCACACGAUCCCGAACAUUAUGUACUUUUCAGAAAUAAAGAUAAAACCAGACUUUUACAAUAAUUUUGGGCAAAGAAACACAUCCAUUUUGUACUCAAUUUGUACUCAAUCUACAGUCUUUAUAUUUCGUAAGUGCCGCAUUUGUUGAUCACUCGUAGCUUACAAGUUACUGCGUUCAAUUCUGAACAGUACGAUGAGCAGGGAUAUGAGUUAGGGGGCUUACGCCCAUCGUAGUCUUCUUCUUCCACGCGGUUUGGGCCUGAUGAGUCGGCUAUGAUUGAACGAAAGAUCGUAUUCUUGUUUACGCACGGAACGCUUUGGCAAUAGUUUCAACAAAAUUCAAUUUUUCUUCGAACACUUUCUAUUGAAUUUAAAGAUAAGAAUCGCCUUUCACCAUGCACCCAAUUCUUGUUUUAUCGUGAUAUUUGCCUCUGUAUCCGCGUUGCUACAUACGAUUGUCAUGGCUGUCUAUCUGUUUCUAAACCAUUCCUUAAUCUAA